CUGAUGUUGUGCUCACGUCAUUCGUCAGAGAUAGCGUCAAAUUAAGAUACCUCCUCCUUGUUUUGUGAACUUGAAGCCCUAUUCGGCUGCGGUCAUAGUAUCUCUUUUGGCUAGCGACAUAAUAACACAAAUACGUAAUAUUGGCAGACUUUUCAUACGCUGCUUAGACAGAAUGGUCAAUUGGAUUCAGUGAAGGCUUGCCACCUGUCACCUGAAGGGGAAAACGGUAUGGCUCCUAGAUGGCCUCCAGAUACCUUGGUGUUGAAAGUCGGCAGAGCUGUCCACGUGUGGCAGACACCUGCGGCAUCACUUGCAUUGUUUCCUUUACGCAGCGGCCACUGCAGACUCCAUGUCCGUCCGUCCGUCAACCGCAAGUUUGGUUGCCUCAGCUGGAAGAGCCCCUUGACCACUCGGAGCUGGGGACGUAAAGGAUGGCUCUGCAGAGCUAGACUCCACACCAGCAGGCUGUGCUUGAACGCCUCCACUUCUCGUUGGUUUCCCGGUUUCAGCCAACACAUGUCUCGCAUCCGGAGCACGCUGGACACCGUCUCCAAGGCUGUGAGCGGGACCCACACGGAACUCAAGUCUAAAAUAGCCCGGCUCAAACCUGCCGCUUCCCAAGCGGGCAAAGAGGUUAAGGAGAGCGGGGUGACGGAAACCGCAAAAACCGUCCAGGGCAGAAUCUCCCCUCUCCCUCCCGCUCCCUCCCAUGUUCAUUCCGUUUCCACUGCUGCUACUGCCCUCAAUUCUACAACACAGACACCUCCAAUAGUAGAAGAAGCUUCAAACGAUACUUCUGUCCCCUCCCAAGACGAUGUCCAGGCAACGGUUAGCGCCACAGUCCCAAGUGAGCUUGACCCUCAAGAGAAAAGCCCGGGAAAUGUUGUCACCGCUGCUAAUAGCACUGGGGUUGUAAAGAAGCAGGAAGGAAAUGAGGGCCAAGUGAACGACAAAGGGACCAAGAACACAACUGCCCCGCCACAGCUCUUCCAUCCCAGCACCUUCUCAGUCAGUUUGGAUGAGACUUACAGUUACCUGGCCAAUCAUGUCAACAAUUACUUUGGCAGCACCACUACCGCUCAGGAAAAGGCCUCUACCUACGUUCAGGGACGAAAGAGCAGUAGUCUCACACCAGUGUCCAAUGAUAAAGGUUUAGAGUCCACUGCUACGAGUUCCCCAUCCACACAAAGGAAGGGUUUCGGACACUACCUGUCCUACUCUGCACCAACUGUCCAGGCAUUCGUGGGAAACUACAUUAGGCCUUUGGUCCCCAAGUUCAGGGCGGUGGAACCUAAAAGUGCUGAGGUGGUGCAGGCGAAGGUGGAGGACGUACAACCUAAACCGACCGUUGCCGCUGUGACCAGGGAGAUGAAUGCAACAGAGGAAAGAGCCAAGAGGCUUCUUCUUCAAAGGGAAAAGAUCAUUGCGAGGUUGAGCAUAGACAAUCGUACCCGGGCGCUGGUCCAGGCCCUCCACAGGGCCUCCGAUGUCCGGGUCUACAUCAACAGGGUGGAAGACCUCAGCUACCACCUCCUGGAGUUCCCAGAUACCCGUGGUGUGGCCGUGAAGGAAAGGGUCGUCUCCUGCCUGCUGCGUCUGCGGCAGGCCAGCGACCCCGGCCUGAGGGCGGCCGUGAGGGAGGCCCUGUCCCUGGUGGGCUACCAUGACCCGGUCAAAGGUCGCGGCAUACGGCUGCUGUCCAUAGACGGAGGAGGGUUACGAGGGCUUCUUGCCCUUCAGACUCUACACAAACUGGAAGCCCAGACGGGCAAACCCAUUUACCAACUGUUUGAUUACAUCUGUGGUGUCAGUACAGGUGCUAUAUUGGGCUUCAUGCUGGGUAUUUUCCAGUACCCCCUCAGCGAGUGUGAAGACAUGUACAGGAAACUGGGCUCCGACGUCUUCAAGCAGAACCGCCUCGUGGGCACGGUGAAGAUGGGCUGGAACCACGCCUUCUACGACAGCGAGCCCUGGGAGAAGAUCCUCAAAGAGAAGAUUGGCUCUGAUCUUCUGGUGGAAACCUCCAGAAACGCAAAAUGCCCCAAGGUGUCAGCAGUGAGCGCCAUAGUGAACCAAGGCACUCCUCUGAAGGCCUAUGUGUUCAGGAACUACAACCUGAUGCCAGGGGUCCGCUCCCACUACCUGGGGGGCUGCCAGCACCAGCUCUGGCAGGCUCUCAGGGCCUCCUCAGCGGCCCCCGGAUACUUCCAGGAGUUCGCCCUGGGACCUGACCUCCACCAGGACGGGGGUCUGCUGAUCAACAACCCCACGGCGUUGGCCAUCCACGAGUGCCAGUGCCUGUGGCCGGGCACGCCCCUGGAGUGCGUGGUGUCGCUUGGCACGGGCCGCUUCGCCACCCCGGGCAAGCACAGCGCCACCCACACCAGCCUCAAGACCAAGCUGGUGAACGUCAUCAGCAGCGCCACCGACACGGAAGAGGUCCACACCAUGCUGGACGCGCUCCUCCCCACCGGGACCUACUUCCGCUUCAACCCGUACAUGAGCGAGGAGAUCCCGCUGGACGAGAGCCGGCAGGAGAAGCUGAACCUGCUGCAGGCCGAGGCCCAGCGCUACCUGGGCCGCAACGAGGAGAAGAUGAAGAGGGCCGCCGCCAUCCUGACCCGGGACAAGGGCUCCGCCCAGCGGCUGACGGAGUGGGCGGGGCUGAGGGCCGACAUGCACGGCGGCCUGCGCUCCCUGUCCAGGGCCAAGCGCUCGUAGCAGGGGGUCCGAGCGGGUGUGCUCAUCUGAGGGGUCCCGGGGAAAAAAAAGCACGUUCCGGCACAUUCCGGGCCGGGCCGCCAUCUUGGUACUUCUUGAGGAAGAUAAUCGAGGUGGUUAUUGAGCGUAACCCAAGCAAACUGUUGUUGUUGUUGUUGUUAUGGUUAUUAUAAUGGGGAAGAAGCACCAAGAUGGCCGCUCGGGAUGUGCGGGACGUCAACGUGGACCGCCACCCCUCCAUACCUCAACAAACUCCUCAUCGUACCUCAGCCGAAAAGCAUCUCUCACCAGGCUGAACCCACCAAUGUACCUCCGGGACAGGUGGGAGGUGUUUUUCUGGAGCACUACUCAACCGACCCCAGGUGAUUGGGCCCCUCUUAGAUUAGAGACGGAGGAAUGGAGGGCACUGGGUGUCCCUUGAUGAGGUUGGGUGGCACACAGCCUAUAGGGAAUCAUGACUGGAAGGCCCAACAAGAGUUCAUCAACAACAGUGGCAUUAACUCCUGGUGCUGUAUAUCAUAAGUACAAGAUAGUAUUUCAUCUUAUUUUUAAGAUAUGUAUUGUAAAUGAUACAUAAAAAAAAAGCAAACCUCUUUCAUACCACUUUACUUGACAAUUGAUCUAAGUAUUAGUGCAUGCUUUGCUUCAGCAGCUUAAUGCACUCGGCGUGCUUGCUGGAAGCGCACCUCCCUGCAUUAACGCUUGUCAUGCAAUACAUAGCAGAGCAACUGUAGAAAACAUACAGCCCUUCUGCUGACAGAGAGCAGCUACGACCAGUUUCGCCCAACACUGUUCAUGUAAACAGCACUUAUUAACUUUUGGUUGGCAUUGAAAAAAAAAAAAGUAUAUACAUGUAUAUCUGCAUAAAGAAUGAUUUUAUUUAUAAGUCGAUAUGAAAAGAUAAUAAUAGGACAUUUAUGUGAUUUCGUUAUAUUGUCUUGUGUGGUACUCCUAAACGAAACUGCCUACCAAUGACCACUGGAAGAAACAAUGUGACGUGAUGAGUGGUUUCUAGAGAUUUGCAGUGUGCUUUUAAUGGAACACUUUUAACCUUUUUUUUUGGAUUUUAUUGAUAAUUGACGCUAACCUCACUCAUGCCUACUUCAUUCUAUUAAGGGUAUCUUACCGUACCAAAGGUCCAGUAGAACGGCUCUCAGCAGGUCCAUGUAGUUUAAUAUUGAAGUAACAAGGAAUGCCGUCACUCCAAUGUAACACUUUUAAAAUCUAUGUUAGACAAUCUAUCCCAAAGGAAGUUGUAACCAUUGUAGAUGUGCAUUGUGUAAUUCUGGUAACAAAAUAAGAUUGCUUACGCUUGUUUCAAAUGUAGUUUCUCUUUAUUUAACGAUGGUUGCACUGUAAAAUAUAAUUACAGAUCUAAAGGACUAACUGUGGAUCCCUUUCACCAAGUGUGCUGUUGCUGUUAAACCCCAGGUCUGGUGCCCCAUUUAACCCGCCUGACUUGAGUGCAACAGAAGGACGUGUGAUGGAGUCAUGAUCACUGCAACCGGACCUAAGCUGAAAUGGAUAGAUGGACAAGUGCCGAUUUGUUGUUGCAUCUAGCCGUUUUCCCCAUUGAUCCCUGUGCAAGGAGUGUUUGGAGUGUGUUUAAUUAAAAUCUUUCCGCUGAACCUCA